CUGAGAAUACGGCGUGAUAGCUCUGAUUCUUCUCUGCACCCUCUUUUUCAUGGUUUCAUCUUUGCCUAGUUUGCUUCUAACAAUCUGAGCCCUGCUACCAACUAUAAUAGCAGACGGCAGAGUCAACAGAAUCUCGCUGCUCCCGUUGUGAGCAUCACCCCCAGAGGUUGACCCUACGCAGGAGAGACUAGAUCAAAAUGCCACGCAAGGCAAUUGAUUCGCGCAUUCCCGCGCUCAUUCGGAAUAAUGUGCAGGAGAAGAAAAGAAGUUUCUUCGUGGUCGUUGGCGACCGCGCCAAGGAUGUGAUUGUCAACCUGCACUACAUUAUGUCCAGCGUCGAUGUCAAGCAGAAUAAAUCGGUCCUCUGGGCAUACAAGAAAGACCUCCUCGGAUUCACAAGCCAUCGGAAGAAGCGCGAGGCGAAGAUCAAGAAGGAAGUCAAACGAGGAAUCAGAGAACCUAACCAGGAGGAUCCUUUCGAGCUGUUCAUCACCCUCAACCAGAUCCGAUAUGUGUACUACAAAGAGACGGAGAAGAUUCUGGGUAAUACCUACGGAAUGUGCAUUCUUCAAGAUUUCGAAGCUAUUACGCCGAACCUGCUUGCCCGUACCAUCGAGACCGUGGAAGGAGGUGGUAUUGUGUUGCUGCUGCUCAAGGGAAUGAAGAGCUUGAAGCAGCUCUACACUUUGUCGAUGGAUAUUCAUUCGAGAUAUAGGACCGAAGCGCAUGAUGAUGUGGUCGCCCGCUUCAACGAGCGCUUUAUCCUUUCUCUUGGCAGCUGUGAUUCAUGCUUGGUGGUCGAUGAUGAGUUGAAUGUCCUUCCAAUCUCUGGUGGGAAGAACGUGAAGCCUCUCCCACCGCCAGAGACCCUUGACGAGAACACAGGCACAAAGAAAGAAUUGAAAGAGAUCAAGGAUAGCUUAGCAGACACUCAGCCGGUGGGCUCUUUGGUCAGUCUAGCUCGCACUGUUGACCAGGCAAAGGCGCUGUUGACCUUCGUCGAUGUGAUCGCUGAGAAGACCCUCCGCAGCACCGUCACCUUGACCGCUGCUAGAGGUCGGGGAAAGUCGGCAGCUCUUGGUGUUGCCAUCGCAGCAGCGGUUGCUCACGGAUACAGUAACAUUUUCAUCACCUCCCCUAGCCCGGAGAACUUGAAGACCCUGUUUGAAUUCAUUUUCAAAGGGUUUGAUGCUCUUGGAUACCUCGAUCACGUUGAUUACACCAUCCUUCAAUCCACCAACCCCGACUUCAAUAAGGCUAUUGUGAGAGUCAACAUCCAUCGCCAGCAUCGUCAGACCAUUCAAUAUAUUCAGCCCCAGGAUGCUCAUGUUCUCGGCCAGGCGGAACUUCUAGUCAUUGAUGAGGCAGCAGCCAUCCCUCUGCCCCUGGUGCGCAAACUGAUGGGUCCAUACCUGGUAUUCAUGGCCUCCACUAUCAAUGGUUACGAAGGUACUGGUCGGUCGCUCUCUUUAAAGCUGAUCCAGCAGCUUCGGGAGCAGUCCAGGGGUGGUCUGAAGGCCAGCGGUCAGGACGAUACAGAUAUCGCUGAUAGAGCCACUGGCAAGGCUGCCAAGGGCGCAGAGAAGAACUUGGGUGGACGCUCGCUCAGAGAGAUUACUUUGUCGGAACCUAUCCGUUACGCCCCUGGGGAUUCAGUGGAGAAGUGGCUAAACAAAGUCCUGUGCCUGGAUGCGACGCUGCCAAAGUCCAAGAUCAACACACAGGGCUGCCCGCACCCGUCACAAUGCCAACUCCUGCAAGUCAAUCGAGACACAUUAUUCUCUUUCCACCCGGUCUCUGAAAAGUUCCUGCAGCAGAUGAUGGCAUUGUACGUUGCCAGCCACUAUAAGAACACUCCUAACGAUCUCCAACUGAUGAGCGAUGCGCCUGCGCAUCAGCUCUUCGACGCUACCAAGCUUCCUGAGCCUCUCUGCGUGAUUCAAGUUGCUCUGGAGGGUCGUAUCAGCAGACAAAGUGUUCUGAACAGCUUGAGCCGUGGCCAACGUGCCGGUGGCGACUUGAUCCCCUGGCUUGUCAGCCAGCAGUACCAGGAUGAGGACUUUGCCAGUCUCUCCGGCGCCCGAAUUGUGCGCAUUGCAACCAACCCAGAAUAUAUGAACAUGGGUUAUGGAUCACGCGCUCUGGAGCUCCUGGUUGAUUUCUACGAGGGCAAGUUUACGGAUCUCUCCGAGAAAGUUCCUGGCGCGCAGGAAGAGAUGGUCAGGGUCACUGAUGAAGAGCUCGCCAACUCAUCUCUCCUUGAUGACAACAUCCAUCUCUCUGAGCGUCGUCCAGAUGAGCUGGACUACGUCGGCGUCAGUUACGGUUUGACACCCCCUCUUCACAAGUUCUGGAAACGCUCUUCAUUCGUUCCUGUCUACCUUCGCCAGACUCCAAACGAAUUGACCGGUGAACAUUCUUGUGUGAUGCUGCGCACACUCGCCUCCGCAGCCAGCGACGCUAGCUGGCUCGGAGAGUUCGCUCGCGACUUCCACAAGCGGUUCGUAGCUUUGCUCUCCUACCAAUUCCGAGAAUUCCCCUCUGUUCUCUCACUCAGCAUCUGCGAAUCCGCCACGGCGGGCGCUAAGCUCGACACUUCGUACACCCCCUCUUUGCUCAAGAAGAGCGAUCUCGACGCGGCCUUCUCCCCCUUCGACCUCAAGCGCCUUGACAGCUACGCAAACAACCUGCUGGACUACCACGUCAUCCUAGAUAUGGUCCCCACCAUUGCGGAGUACUACUUCUCCGGCCGCCUGAGCGGCAAGGUCAACCUUUCCGGCGUCCAGCAGUCCAUCCUGCUCGCCAUCGGCCUACAGCGCAAGAACCUCGAUGACGUCGAGAAGGAACUGAACCUGCCCUCAUCACAGCUUCUGGCCAUGUUCCUGAAGAUCGUCCGCAAGAUGUCCACUCACUUCCGCGGCUUGGUCGAGGGCGCCGUCGCGGAGACGCUCCCCGCCGAGAAGGUGCCCGUUGCGCAGUCCUCGGCAGAUGCGCACGACGAGGUUGUCGACGAGCGGUUCAAGCCCCUCGACACAGGUCUGGAAGAUGAGCUGCGCGAGGGCGGCCAGCAGGUCGACGAAGAGCUGAGGGAGAAGCAGAGAGCCUUGAUAGAUUCUCUGCCUCUGGACAACCUCCAGAUACGAGAUCGAUAACGGCACCGCCGCGUGGGAGGAAGCCGAGAAGCAGAUCCGCAGCGGAGGCGCCUCAACUGUCAGCAUCAAGACCUCGAAACCCAGCAAGCGGAAGAAGGGCGAGACUGCGCGAGAGAUCUAUGACCAGGAGAUCGAGUCGAAAAGACAGAAGAUCAUCAAGAAGGGAACCGAAGGGCGAAAGAAGGCAUGAAGUAUUCAUCUGAACCUGAAUCAUUCCAGUCUUGCAUGAAAGAACGGUGUUAUGGUAUUCUCUUGCGAAGAGGUUUUACGUUUCUGUAUAUAUGCUUUGUAUAUCCCAAAAAGUUUGAAUAGAGGCUUUGCAUCGCAUACUCUC